AUGGAUAAUGUGCCCACUGAGAUUCUAGAGGCUGCACCAAUGAUCAAGACUGUUCUCCCUAAAGAUCUAAGGCAGAAAAAUUGCAAAAAAUAUCAGUACCUGUCAAGGAAAUAUUGCGAAAGGCAUAACAAAGAAGUGGACGUACUGGAAGAGGGUCUUAAAGAUGAAGGAGAUGUCUGCAAGGCCUUAAGCAAGCCUGUAAGAGAUUCACAAGCUGAAUCAUUGAGUCUUCACCAUCAUUUAGAAACAAUUACUUACCUAGAUCAGAAACUUAAACAAUGCAUCCAGAAACACCCAUUAUUGCAGUAUCAAGACUCCAAAUACAAUGCAGCUUUUAUCAUCAAUGCCAUGUCAGAUGACAAAGAUGAUCCUGACUAG